ACUGCCGGCGGCAAUUCCGUUUCGUCUCUUGGUGGAAAUCAGAAAUAAACAAAAUAUAAAACAAAAGUAAUUCUUUAUAAUGACCUCGAUUAUAAAGCUUCACACAAUUUCUGGAGCCAUGGACGAAUCUCCGCCAUGCUACAUACUCCAGAUAGACGACGUGCGAAUAUUGUUGGACUGCGGAUGGGAUGAAAAGUUUGAUGCGAAUUUCAUCAGGGAUUUAAAAAGACAAGUACAUACAUUAGAUGCCGUGCUACUGUCUCAUCCGGAUGCCUAUCAUUUGGGGGCACUGCCCUAUCUUGUCGGAAAAUUGGGUCUCAAUUGUCCUAUCUACGCCACGAUACCUGUCUUUAAAAUGGGCCAAAUGUUUAUGUAUGAUCUGUACAUGUCGCAUUUUAAUAUGGGUGAUUUUGAUCUAUUCUCGCUAGAUGAUGUGGACACGGCGUUUGAGAAAAUCACCCAAUUGAAGUACAACCAGACAGUUUCACUGAAGGGCAAGGGUUACGGCAUAUCAAUAACGCCGCUGAAUGCUGGCCACAUGAUUGGUGGUACCAUUUGGAAAAUUGUCAAAGUCGGCGAGGAGGAUAUCGUCUAUGCCACGGACUUUAACCACAAGAAAGAGCGUCAUUUGAGCGGCUGUGAAUUGGAACGCCUGCAACGUCCAUCGCUACUGAUCACUGAUGCUUAUAAUGCCCUAUAUCAGCAAGCAAGACGACGUGCCCGUGAUGAGAAGCUGAUGACCAAUAUCCUACAGACUGUGAGAAAUAAUGGCAACGUUUUGAUUGCCGUAGACACGGCCGGACGUGUCCUGGAGCUGGCCCACAUGCUGGAUCAGCUGUGGAAGAAUAAAGAAUCAGGUCUGAUGGCAUACUCGCUUGCGUUGCUUAAUAACGUAAGCUAUAAUGUGAUCGAGUUUGCAAAAUCUCAAAUCGAGUGGAUGAGCGAUAAGCUGACGAAGGCUUUCGAAGGUGCCCGCAACAAUCCGUUCCAGUUCAAGCACAUUAAUCUAUGCCACUCUCUGGCAGAUGUAUUUAAGCUACCGGCUGGGCCCAAGGUAGUCCUUGCCAGUACUCCAGAUAUGGAGAGUGGCUUUACGCGAGAUCUGUUUGUUCAGUGGGCUGCCAAUCCCAAUAAUAGUAUUAUAUUUACAACUCGCACCUCACCUGGAUCUCUGGCCAUGGAGCUCGUGGAGAAUGCAGUGCCUGGCAGGAAAAUUGAACUUGAUGUGCGACGACGUGUGGAAUUAGAAGGUCCCGAGCUGGAGGAAUAUCUACGUACACAGGGCGAAAAGCUGAAUCCUUUGAUUAUUAAGCCAGAUGUGGAAGAGGAAAGCAGCUCCGAGUCCGAGGAUGAUAUCGAGAUGAGUGUGAUUACGGGCAAGCAUGAUAUUGUAGUUCGUCCAGAAGGUCGUCAUACAUCCGGUUUCUUUAAAUCCAACAAGCGUCAUCAUGUAAUGUUUCCCUAUCACGAGGAAAAGAUCAAAUAUGAUGAAUAUGGCGAAAUAAUCAAUUUGGAUGAUUAUCGCAUUGCCGACCUUGGCGGCUAUGAUUACUUGCCCGCAGAGGAACAAAACAAAGAGAACGUAAAAAAGGAAGAACCUGGAGGCGGUCAGCAAGACCAGCAGCAACAUGCCAAUGGUGAUAUGGACACCGAUGUCCAAUUGUUAGAGAAACCCACUAAGCUGAUUAAUCAGCGUAAAACCAUUGAGGUUAAUGCCCAAAUCCAGCGUAUUGAUUUCGAGGGACGUUCCGAUGGAGAAUCAAUGCUAAAAAUUCUAUCUCAGCUCAGGCCACGUCGUGUGAUUGUUGUCCAUGGCACAGCCGAAGGCACCAAAGCGGUGGCCAGGCAUUGUGAACAGAAUGUGGGCGCCCGCGUCUUUACGCCAAACAAGGGCGAAAUUAUCGAUGUAACCACAGAGAUACACAUUUAUCAGGUGCGUCUUACUGAGGGUCUAGUCUCCCAGUUGCAAUUCCAGAAGGCAAAGAACGCAGAAGUAGCCUGGGUGGAUGGACGCUUGGGCAUGCGCUUGAAAGCCAUCGAUGGAGCCACCAAUCCCACCGAACAGGAGGUAUCAAUACAAGAGGGACAAACUCUCACACUGGAGACGCUUGAAGAGGAUGAGAUACCCGUACACAAUUCGGUCCUGAUUAAUGAAUUGAAACUCUCAGACUUUAAACAAAUCCUAAUGCGCAACAACAUCAAUUCUGAGUUCUCCGGAGGCGUUUUAUGGUGCAGCAAUAACACAUUGGCGUUGCGUCGUAUCGACGCCGGAAAGGUGUCCAUGGAGGGUUGUCUGUCGGAAGAUUAUUACAAAAUACGCGAACUGUUAUAUGAGCAAUAUGCGAUCGUUUAACCAGACAAUAAAAAUGAUCAUCCAUCAACCAUCA